AUGGCGACCGUCAAAAAUUGGUUUAACGAGUUUCAACGUGGUCGCACGUCAGUUUUUGAUGAGCCACGUCCAGGUGUCCCGAAAACGGCUACCACGGAGGAUAACGUGAAAAAAAUUCACGAUCUCGUAUUGGCAGACCGCCGAUUGAAGGUGCGCGAGAUAGCUGAGACAGUAGGCAUCUCAAAAGACCGCGUGGGUCAUAUCCUGCAUGAAAUAUUGGGCAUGAGAAAGCUGCGCAAUCCGAAGGAGUUUCUGCGUUGUUUCGUGACCGUCGAUGAAACAUGGAUCCACUGGUACACACCAGAGACCAAGGAACAGUCGAAACAGUGGACUUCGCCCGGCGAAUGUGCUCCGAAGAAGGCGAGGACUGUCCUAUCGGCCGGAAAGGUGAUGGCCACCGUUUUUUGGAAUUCAAAAGGUGUGAUCUACAUCGACUACCUGGUCAAGGGCAAAACGAUCACAGGGCUCUACUAUGCCGGAUUAUUGGGCCGAUUCGACGCCGAAUUGCAGAAAUAA